ACAGCAGUGGAGGUGGAUUUUAAAGCACUAAACUUAUAGAUUUUUGUGUGCCUAUUCUGCGUUUGACGAUCAUUUUAAGGACAUUUAAGUGGAUUUAAAAAAAAAGAAAGAAAUAAUGACUUCUUCUGUUGGGCUGACAGAAUUCAGAUGUGGCCCUUUGUACUUCUUUGACCAGCCAACAAAACGAAACCGAAUUAAAGGAGCACGAAGCAACAUUUUGCAUUUUAAUUUGGCACGUGAAGAAGCAAGUCAUCCAGAUGACAACACAGAAGGUAAAAGUGGUGAGCUCACUCAGAGGCUGUCAGGUGAAACAUGUGGAGAUGGUGAACCUGAUACCUCUGUCGGUGCUGCACUCAACAUAAAGGACCAGGAUCCAAUGGACGCAUACCAGCGAGCAGCUCCUCUGAUAUUAAAUGACCUGGCUCGCCUACUUUCACAACAUAAGUGGACUGAGGAGGGCCGGAUUCCUCACGGGAUUGUAAAUAUUCUGAAUUGCUCCUGGAAGGAUCUGACUGCGGGGUCGGUGCACUUUAAAAGUCCGGAGCAGGCUGCCGAAAUACGGAAGUCCAAAGAUUCCGGGAAGCUGGAUGAAUCUCGAUCCAGUCAAGUGUCCGCCGAAGACAAGAGGGAGGCAGGAGGGAGAAACUCAUGUGUUGUGGAAAAUGGAAGUCCCUCUGUGAGAAAACCACAACUCAGCUCAAAUCCACGCGUGAAAAAGCGUAAACACAGUUCAAAUAGAGCUCUCAGCUCCAGUACUGUCAGUUUCUCCAUCUCAUCCAACAGCUGCAGUAAUCCAGGUUGGAUCAUCCAGUCGAAGCUGCCCUCCUGUGAUGAGGCUCAGCAGAUCCGUCUCUGUCAGUGGGUGGUGGAGCGACUCCAGGCCGCAAGAAGUCUCCAAAAACUACAAACUGAGCAGGACCUGAACAAGCCCCUCAUUCUCCGUCAUUAUGGUGAUGCUAAGGUCAAACUGAAGGACAGGAGGGCGAGGAGAAAGGUCCAGCCUGCUGCUCUUGUCAACGGGAUGCCGCAGGUACCAGAAAUGAAACCCAUGGAUCCAUCACGGCAGAAACUACACUACAGGAUCAACGACGGCUCCUCCUUCAUAUACUACCCGUCUGGUUGUAUCGCCGUAUGCCAGAGUCGCUCAGGUUUGCCGUGUGGAGGCUUCUAUACCAACGUGUUCAAUGACAGCGAGUGUCCCGUUAUUCUGGCGACUAUCACAGCGUUCGGGAACGGGGCUGCGACAAACCCUCUAACCUCUGUCAUUACAGCAGUGUGGGACCAGGAUGGUGGAUUCAUAUGUGACCAGCAUGGGAAGAUCACUAAGGAGUGGAGCUGUCAGAAAGACCGCACACUGAAGGAGAAGAUUGAUAUUCAGUUGUCAGAUGUAAUUUCUGUGAGGCUGCUCAGUGGUACCUCUGCCAUGCUCAGCUUCAGGUGCAACAACGAAAGUGUUCAACUUCCUCUUUCUGUCCUGUCCAACCUUAACAAAUCACGAGAAACGACAUGUUUGCAGACGGAAGAAAAGUUGACCUCCGACUCUGCUCAAGACCUGUUGCUGUUGAGGAAGACAACAAACCCUGUUGUGGUCCUAGAGAGCAAGAGGAACCUGACGUUAACACCUGUGUCAGUGUGCUCCCUGGAGGUGCUCCAGAUGGUUGGAGAGGUGGAGGGGCUGGAGGAGCCGUCAGCACAGUGGAGAAGAGGAGGGCAUGUUGGCAGGGAGCUGAAGAGGCUUCAGCAGAGAGUACGAAACACCCUGGACGGCUGGCUGGAUUAUUACCGUGUGGCCAUAGGUAUCAAGUGUCCUGACAUGAAACGGAUGCCAGAUGCCCCACUGAGGACCAGGCUGAGGAGGGAGGUGCAGUCAGCGGCUCUGCCCUCUCUGAACCCACCUGAGCGGGCAGAUGCGAGAGCAGUGCGGCCAGAGGAGGGCAGGAAAGAGUUACAGGAACAACAAAGACAUCUGUCCGCACCGGCAGAAAGACCUCCUCUGGACUGCUACGUCAAGCUGCCCAGGACACGAAAAAAGCAAACAAACGAAGAACCCCGUCUUGUGACACAGAUAGGACCCCUUCAAAUUCAUGGCAACAUCCAAAUUGAGUCAGUAUUUAUUCCAAACAGUGCAGAUUUGCAGCCCUCCGCUAUUGCCCCACCGUCGUUCACCCCCUCCACCCCCCUCACUGUGUGCCCCGCUCUGCUGAGAGCCGCCCUGCUCGGGGAGGGGGGACGCAGGCGGUGCUGCUGCAGCGCUGCACUGAUGCCAGUGCUGACGGACCCGGAGUACGAUGCCUUCGUCAUGGGCCAGCCUCCGCACAGUCAACAGAUCCUGGUGGUGUGUGUGACUCCUCCACCUCAACACGUCAACACACAAGCAGCGCCGGGCCAGGAGGUGCUGCAGCUGCUGUACAGGAAGAGGAACAAGCACAGAACCAUGCCCUGUUCUCAGUGCCAGAUGGAUUCAUUUCGCCUGGUGAGGUAUGAGAUGUCAACAGGGAAGCCCAGCUGUGUUGCGGGGAGCAUCCUGCUGCAGCAGCGGCAUAACGCAGCUCCAGGGAUGGUCCUGAUGUACAUCAGAGGGAAGCUGCUGUUUGUGGGCUUCAUAUUCAGUCGUCACAACUGCACAGUCAGGGACCUUCACAAGCAAAUCUCCAGAACAAGGAGAGACUACAGAUUAGGUGUGAGCCUACCUACAGACUAUAAAUUCAGCAAUACAGUUGAUACCCCUUCAGCCGCAGAUGCACACGAUUCCCAAAAUUCCACACUAAACACAGCAGAUAACAAAACACUGACUCCUUCAGUGGAAAGAAACCAGAAGGCCAAUGAGAACAGAAAAAACUAUAAAGUUCCUGAAGUAUCAAACCGGCAACAUAGAGACUUUUGUAUCAAAGCAAAGAAGACUCCAGCACUCCCUCGUGUUGCUAUCACACACUGAAUAUGCUCUGUGACGGGAUUACAUCUGUAUCAGUCCACUUUAAGUUAUUAAAACACUAGUACACUACUACUGUUAAACUGCAGCCUCAUUUGCUUACUAUGCAGUAGACUAGUCUAAUAACUUGCUCCUGAAAUGUGACAUUUUUUAAUUUAUUUUGGUACAGAGAAGUAGGCCAA